AUGUGCAGGAGCCCCAGGCGCGUUCUCGACUCAAAAGUACCUAAUUUCAGAUCUAAACAUACACGACGCCGAUCGCGCCGGAAGGUUAUAAACAUUUGUAAAGUUGACAAUAGGUUAAACAGUGAUUAAAUCGAUUCACCACUGGAGCAAUUUGUGAAAAUUGAAGCUAAAAUUGCUGAGAAAAAUGGAUGUACAUUAAAUAUAUUUAUGCCAUUUAUCUUUGGCGAAGCUGGUCGAAAAUCAUAGGUUAUGUUGAUACUCCCUCUCUAUGUAUUUUAAAUAUUUAAAUUUUGUAUUGUGAUUUGAAAUCUUAACUAUGGUGUCAACACGAGGACCGAAAUUUAAGUUUUGUGACGGAGAAAAAGUGUUGUGUUAUGAACCAGAUCCGACAAAAGCAAAAGUGUUGUACGACUCAAAGGUACUUGAUGUCAUUGUGAAUAAAGAUCAAAGAGGUAGAAAAGCUGUAGAAUAUCUUAUACAUUUUCAAGGUUGGAAUUCGUCUUGGGAUCGUUGUGUGACGGAAGAAUAUGUGCUUAAGGAUACUGAAGAAAAUCGUCAACUUCAAAGAGAUUUAGCACAAAAGGCGCAGCUUCAACUGGGUGCUUAUUUAUAUCGUCGUGAACGCAAAAAGAGGAGCCAUAAAAUGUCAGAGCGUUUGACUGAAACCGAACAUCAAGAACGUCGUCGUAGAGCAAGAAGUGGUGGUAGUCGAGCUACGUCAGCCACAACUGGGUCUUCAGAAGAUGGCAGUUCGGGUCAACAUGCUGAUUAUGACACAGAGGAGGUAAACACAGAAGAAGAUACAGAAAGUAGCUCUGAUUACAUGGGUGAAACGAGUGAUGAUGAAGAUAGUGGUGGUGGAAGUCAAUCUGGAGCUAGUAAACCAGGAGUUGACAUCGAUAUAGGUAGUACAUUAAAACGGAUUUUAGAGCAAGAUCAUGACUUAAUAUCAAAUAAAAACAAGCUUGUGGUUCUUCCCGCACAACCUACUGUGAUAAAUAUUUUGGAAACCUGGGUGCAACAUUUUACUACAACACAAUUAACAAAUAUUCCAGAAAAACCUCAACGAAAUAAAGCAACUAAUACAUUAGAAAAAACAGUGAACGAAGUAAAUAUAUGCAGAGAAGUCGCGGAUGGUUUACGCAUAUAUUUUGAUUUUACGUUACCUCACCUCCUUCUAUAUAGGCAAGAAAGAGAGCAGUAUGCCUCCCUGAAGUCUUCUUUAUUAAGCAACGAACAAGCAAUUAUCCCGAAAGAAAGAACAACUGAAAAUCCAGAAAUGUCUAUAAAAGAAGAAUUUGACGAUUCAGAAUAUGCUCAUUUACCACCUUUUCAAGAGCAUGAUUCUGAGAUGGACAAUACAAAUAAGCCAUCAAACAAUUCUAAGCGAAGAUUGCGAUCGUAUCGUGUAAGUUCAGUCGAUGAAAGUCGACAAUUAAGAUCUUAUGACGAAGGAAAGCAAGAUGGUGGCAAUUUAUCGAGCAUAGCAAGUACAAGUUCCCGUUGUUCUAGCCCACGAGGUGUAACAUUAAGAAUGCCGCCUGUUGUUACAUCCGCUCAAGUAAAUGCUUUACUUCAGCAAUCUAAUAAAUGGAGAUUAAUGCCUCAAAUAUUGGGACAAAGCGAAAAUCAACCAGGUCCCUCUGCUUAUUACGGUGCCAUUCAUUUAACCAGGUUAUUUGUUAAGUUACCUGAGUUAUUACAAUCCACAGAUAUAUUGAACAAAAAGUUGAAAGUACUUUUAAAAUAUUUAGACAUGUUUCUAAGCUAUCUGGAGAUGCAUAGAGAAUGGUUUGGAGAACAAUUUUAUAUGCAAGUGGAAAGUCAAACAAUAUUACCAAAUGAGUAGUUUAACAAAAUAUACAUAUUGCUUCCUCUGAUCUGUGUACAACGUUGCAUACAUUUAUGCAUAUCUAUUUUUAUGUGAUUUUAAGAAUGUAUUACUCAGAAUAAUAAAAAAGCUUUUUAUAUUAA